AUGAGAACACAGCAGCCUGGAGCUCGACGCAAAGAGACUGAAGACGACCACAAAGAGACUGAAGACGACCACAAAGAGACUGAAGACGACCACAAAGAUACUGAAGACGACCACAAAGAGACUGACGAUGACCACAAAGAGACUGAAGACGACCACAAAGACACUGAAGACGACCGCAAAGAGACUGAAGACGACCGCAAAGAGACUGAAGACGACCGCAAAGAUACUGAAGACGACCUCAACGAGACUGAAGACGACCACAAAGAUACUGAAGACGACCGCAAAGACACUGAAGACGACCUCAAAGAGACUGAAGACGACCUCAAAGACACUGAAGACGGCCUCAAAGAGACUGAAGACGACCUCAAAGAGACUGAAGAUGACCUCAAAGACACUGAAGACGACCUCAAAGAGACUGAAGACGGCCUCAAAGAGACUGAAGACGACCUCAAAGAGACUGAAGACGACCUCAAAGAGACUGAAGAUGACCUCAAAGACACUGAAGACGACCUCAAAGAGACUGAAGACGGCCUCAAAGAGACUGAAGACGACCGCAAAGAGACUGAAGACGACCUCAAAGAGACUGAAGACAACCUCAAAGACACUGAAGACGGCCUCAAAGAGACUGAAGACGACCUCAAAGAGACUGAAGACGACCUCAAAGAGACUGAAGACGACCACAAAGACACUGAAGACGGCCUCAAAGAGACUGAAGACGACCUCAAAGAGACUGAAGACGACCACAAAGACACUGAAGACGGCCUCAAAGAGACUGAAGACGACCUCAAAGAGACUGAAGACGGCCUCAAAGAGACUGAAGACGACCUCAAAGAGACUGAAGACAACCUCAAAGACACUGAAGACGACCUCAAAGAGACUGAAGACGACCUCAAAGAGACUGAAGACGACCACAAAGAGACUGACGAUGAGCAUGAAGAGACUGAAGACUCGUUUCCUUCAGAAAGCGAGUCCUGUAGAAGAGUUUGUAUCUGUUAG